GUCGUCGCUGUGUUUGCGUAGCGCUCGUGAAAGCUUAAUUUUGAACACCCUAUAGUUCAGUGUAUUGCAGACGUUGCAUUUAUCGAACAAUGCAUCAUUACUCAUGAAGCAGUCACAACUUACAAGUCAUCUUUACAGCUGACCUGGCCAAAGUAGCCAAAGAGAGAAAACUGUCACGGAAGAAGAAGAGGAAGAACCAUUCCAGGGAUCAUCCGACGCACGUCUUCGAACUUGUCGGUCAACGUCAGAAGGCGCCAGGAAUGCUCAUUGUGCCACCAGUCCAGUUCUUAAGUCCCCACCGAUUUGUAAUACGCCUCGUCAUCAUCGUUGUCGCCAUUAACGUGGUCUUCGUCAUCAUUUGGAACCCCAGCCUCCUAAGUUCACUACAGCUCAGCAGAGCAGCGAUCAAUAUAAAUGACACUGCAACUGUAGUGGUGCUGUGGAACACUUUCUACGGAAAUUCGGUGACUGAGUACUUCACGGACGACAAAAUAAGGAAAUGUACUCAUCGCUGCAUCUUCACCCGUAACCGUUCCAUGGCUGAUAAGAGCGCCGCCAUUAUUUUCCAUGCACACGACUUCGAUCCGAAUGACAUUCCACCCAGACGAGACGCGGAGCAGAUCUGGGUGCUUCUAGGCAUGGAGUCGGCACUGCACACACCCAAGACCGUCCUGGCUUUGAACGGUCGCAUAAACUGGACCAUCACCCAUCGUAGCGACGCCGAUAUUCCGUAUCCCAAGUUUCGAACCUUGAAACUGAGCAGUGUCAUAGAAAGACUUGCCCACAGGGCAGUACCGAAAAGGUUCAAGAAGAAGCGGAUGGCUGCGUGGUUUGCCUCCAACUGUCACGCUCCCAGCGGCCGAUCGGAAUUCGUCCGUGAGCUUCAGAAAGUGAUAGACGUCGACGUGUACGGUGCAUGUGGACACUUGAGGUGUGUUCCAGCGUACAGCCACGAGUGCUAUGAGAUGCUGUCCAAGAAAUAUUAUUUUUACCUCUCCUUCGAGAAUUCUCUGUGUCGAGACUACGUGACAGAGAAAUUCUAUUACCCUAUAAACUACGACGUGGUACCAGUUGUGAUGGGAUCCGCUAACUACUCUGCAUUUUCUCCGCCUCGGUCGUUCAUCGAUGCCCUGUCGUUUGUGACGCCACAGGAGUUGGGGAGGUACAUGAAGAACAUCGUGCACACCUGGAAGAACUACAGCUCCUUCUUCAAAUGGAAGGGUGAUUAUACAGUUGCCGAGGAGGAACAGCAGGCGGCGUGUCGCCUGUGUGAGAAGAUUCAAAGCCAUAACUACAGCACCAAGGUCUACGUGGAUAUUAAGAAGUGGUGGUUUGAUGAUCCGAAGUGCUGGACGUGGAAACCACGUGGCGAUAGGGGUUUCGGAGUAGGAGACGAAAGGAAUUGAUAAUAAACAAUGCAAUUCUGCC